UCGGGUAUAAAAACUCAUCAAUUUGAAACAAUCAUUAUCAUUCAUUAUCAGUGUUUACUUUGCGAAUCAGCAAACAAAUUUAAAGUACCCAUCAAAAUGUUCAAAAUCAUCUGUUUGUUUGCCCUCGUUGCUAUCGCCUCGGUUUCGGCCAAGGCUGAUCCCAAGCCAGGAGUAUUUGCGUACACCGCACCCGCCGCUUACGUUGCUCCAGCAGUGUACGAACAGACAUUCCACGGUAACAUCGCCCCGGCUGCUGCCUUCGCUUAUUCAUCCCCAUACCUGGCUGCACCGUUGGCUUACUCGGCCUAUGAGCCAUAUGUUGCCGCGGCUCCCGCUUCCGUUCUGCUGAAGUAGAACAACGUUUCUGAGUCAUAUAAUUAUUGCAAAAUAUUCUUUUUGUAUCGACGCUGUGAUUGACAACAUUUUUUUGGGCACUCAUAAUAUUUUCUAUGAAAACUUAUACUGAAAAUAUAAUCGCAAAUCGAACCGUU